AUGGUGAAUGUGAGCCAAGCGUAUAAUUCAAAGACUACUGAAUUCAAGAAGAAGUCCUCUCCUGAUAGUAUCAACUGGGUCUUCAUGGACAUGUUUUACGGUGUUGGGAAGUAUAAAGGGGAUGGUUAUGUGUUAGAUUUCACUGUCUUGACUGGAUGGCUAACAUUAUUUGAGGAGAUAUGCACAUAUUGGGCUCUCGAAUCUCCUACAGUGCGAGUAAAGUAUAUAAUGCCAGAAGAGCACAAGACAAUAUGCUCCAUUAGCUCAGAGGAUGACUUUCAGAACAUAUGUAAUGUUCAUCGUAUAUUCAAAAAGACCGUGGUGAACAUGAUCAUAGACACUGUGAAUGAAACAACGGAGGCCAUAUGUACUUCACCAAUGUCACUGUUCAUAAAAAAUGAUAAAGAUAGAGUUACUGUCACAUGUGCUACUGAGUUAUGUCAAUGGCAUGUCCACGCCUCAAGAGAUAGCAACCUCCCAACAUUUAGAAUCAAAACAACCCAAAAUAGUCAUACAUGUGGUGGGGGUAUCGGCACAACAUCUCAUCCGAGGGCUUCUAAAAAAUGGGUUAGCAGGCAAGUAAUGAGGAAAUUGCGAGAUCGUCCUCUAUACCGGGCUGUAGACAUACAACGUGAUAUAUUGUGUAACCAUGGUGUCCGGCUACCAUACAAACAAGCAUGGAUGGGUAAAGAGGUGGCAAAGGUAAUUCUCCAUGGAAGCGACGUUGCAAGUUAUGAUCUGUUGAUAUGGUAUGCAAUUAAGGUUUCCGAAACCAACCCAGGUAGCAUCGUUAUCAUUGAGAAGGAUGGAGAACGCUUUAAGCGUGGUUUUUUUUGCUUUCAUGCAUGUCUUCAAGGCUUUAAGCGUGGUUGUAAACCCAUGCUAUUCCUCGAUGGCACCCAUUUGCUAGGUAAAUAUGGUGGCAUCCUACUAGGCGCAACUGCAAAAGAUGGUAAUGAAGGUCUAUUUCAUUUAGAUUUUGCUAUUGUUGAUAAUGAAACUGACGAUAACUGGACGUGGUUCAUUUCCACUCUGGGUGAUGCAAUAUAUGGUGAAGAUGACUACCACAAAAUCAUUACAUUCAUUUCAGACCAUUCUAAGGGACUUGUUAAUGCUAUUGCCAAAGUCUUCCCCUCUGCCCCACAUGGCUUCUGUUUGCGACAUCUCCAAGCAAACUUUUUGAAGGCUAAUGGUCACCUAGGGAAAGGAUUAAAAGAUGAGUGUUGGAGGUUGGUUGUUAAGAUUGCAUAUGCAUGCACAUCUUCAGAGUAUGAUGCAACUGUGGGUGCGUUGUCAGCGGCAUCAAUACAGGCCCAUAAUUGGUUAUUUCAAAAGUCGGACAUGAUGCAUUGGUGCAAUUGCUUGUUUAGAGGACAACGUUGGGGCGAGAUGUAUUCGAAUGUGGCAGAGUCUUUCAAUGCAUGGAUUAAGGAGGCAUGA